CAGGCUGGACGAACACUGCACAGCUAUGGAGAAUGAGCCAAACACAACAACAUGUUCUGCAUCCACAACGACUAUCACUACCACUUCCACUUCACGGACGCAGCUGCCGCAGAUAUCUGUCUACAGCGGCUCUGACAGGCAUGCCGUCCAGGUUAUUCAGCAGGCCUUGCAUCGUCCUCCUAGCUCAGCUGCUCAGUACCUCCAGCAGAUGUAUGCAGCCCAACAGCAGCAUCUAAUGCUGCAGACUGCUGCUUUGCAGCAGCAGCACUUAAGCAGUACCCAAUUUCAGAGUCUGGCAACUGUACCACAGGCAAGCCUGUCAGGUGGGAGGCAAUGUACUUCCCCCACUGGGAGUGUCACUCAGCAGUCAAGCAUGUCGCAGACCUCGAUUAACCUCUCCACCUCUCCUACACCUGCACAGAUAAUAAGCCGCUCACAGACCUCCAACACCACCAGCAGCAGUAUUACCCAACAGACUAUGUUGCUGGGGAGCACCUCUCCAACCCUGAGUGCAAGCCAGGCUCAAAUGUAUCUACGAGCUCAAAUGCUUAUUUUUACUCCUGCAACCACUGUGGCUGCUGUCCAGUCUGACAUUCCUGUUGUCUCAUCAUCUUCCUCAUCUUCCUGUCAGUCUGCAGCUACUCAGGUUCAAAACUUGACAUUGCGCAGUCAGAAGUUGGGUGUAUUGUCAAGUUCACAGAAUGGCCCACCAAAGAGCAGCAGUCAAACUCAGUCAUUGUCUCUGUGCCCUAAUAAAUCUGCAACCAGUUCCAAGGGGAGCCAACCAGAUCCCUCAGAAAGCAAUAGAAAGGGUGAGAGCCCAACUCCAGAGUGUCGGAGUACACCAGUCACACGGACAUCAAGCAUACAUCAUUUAAUAACACCAGCUUCAUAUUCUCCAUUGCAACCUCAUUCUCUAGUAAAACAUCAGCAGAUCCCACUUCAUUCACCACCUCCAAAGAUUUCCCAUCAUCAGCUGAUACUGCAACAGCAGCAGCAAGUCCAGCCAAUUGCACUUCAGACUCCUUCGGGUCAGGAACCCCCUCCAUCACAGCACUGUCUACCACUCCCAAGCCACGGUCUUCCUCCAGGUCCCAGCAGUGUCCAGUCUCAUUGUUCACCUAUUCACAUCCAUCCUCCACCUCUAACACUAUCUCCUACUCCAUCCCAGUCAGCUCAGCAGUCAGUAGUGGUAUCCCCUCCACCUUCUCACUCCCCUAGUCAAUCACCCACCAUAAUUAUUCACCCUCAAGCACUUAUUCAGUCACAGGCAAACUCCCUCGUGCCAACAGCUCUUCAGCCUGAGCAGCCUGCUUCUCAGCAAACUGCUACCAAUCCAGUUCGACCAAUUGCACAGCCGCUUAAUCUUCCGUCGCAUCUUCCUCUUCCAUCUUCCCCCGCUGUACACAUAGGGUCAGUAGAUCAGCCCAGCUUAGUUUCCCCAGGCCAACAGAUCGUGUCCUCGACACCACACCAGCAAUACUCAGCCUUGCAGUCCGCACCUAUCCCUCUUGCAGCUCCUCCUCAGCUGUCAACAUCUUCAACCCAGAUUCAGCAACUGCCUUUGCAGUCUGUGCAGUCUUUACAAGUGCAGCCUGAAAUUCUGUCCCAGGGCCAGGUUUUAGUUCAAAACACUUUGGUUUCUGAGGAAGAACUUCCUGCUGCAGAAGCUUUGGUCCAGCUGCCAUUUCAAACUCUUCCACCACCACAGACUGUCGCAGUAAAUCUUCAGGUGCAGCCAUCAGUACCAAUUGAAACUCCAGUGAUUUACCAAGUGGAGAAUGUGUGUGAAGAAGAGAUGCCUGAGGAAUCGGAUUGUGUCCAUAUGGCUAAAAAACCCACCCCCCCAACCUUGGGGAACGGAGAGGCACUUAAUUCAGAAGAUCCUUUGUCAGAACAUGGGGGACUACCUUCAGUGACAUCAUCAGUCAGUGCCUCAGUAAUUAAAUCUCCAUCUGAUCCGUCACAUGCCUCUAUUCCACCACCACCUCUUUUGCUUCCAGCAGCAACAACAAGGAGCAACAGCACAUCAAUGCCCAAUAGCAUUCCUAGCCUAGAAAAUAAACCUCCACAGGCUAUUGUUAAACCCCAGAUACUGACCCAUGUUAUUGAAGGCUUUGUGAUUCAGGAGGGGUUAGAGCCGUUCCCUGUAAGUCGUUCAUCUCUGCUGGUAGAACAGCCUGCAGAAAAAAGAUUGCUAGUGGAGGGUCAAAUCAUGAGUGUUGUGUGUGUUGAAUCAGACUUGCAGAAUACAAAACAUGCAGACAACUCAUCGGACACAGAGAUAGAGGAUAUGAUUGCAGAAGAGGGACUGGACGAAAUUGAAAAUGAUCUUCUGAAGUGUGAAUUUUGUGGAAAAAUGGGAUAUUCUAAUAAGUUUCUAAGGUCAAAAAGAUUCUGCUCCACAUCCUGUGCCAAAAGGCACAGCCUUAGUUGCACUAAGAAAUUUGGGCUGUUUACAUCUGACAAGACCAGUCGCUGGAAUCGGAAGUCAGAUAGCCAAAGUCUUGGGCGACGCGGGCGUCGACCGAGUGGCCCUGAUGGGGCGUCACGAGAUCAUUUUCUUAGACAGCUUCCAAUUACUUAUCCAUCUGCAGAAGAAGAUAUGGCUUCUCAUGAAGAUGCUGUUCCAGCUGCCAUGACCACCCGUCUGCGGAGACAGAGUGAAAGAGAGAGAGAACGUGAACUUAGGGAACUGAGAAUUAGGAAGAUGCCAGAGAGCAUUGACUUGUUACCAGUGGUGCAAGCUGACCCAUCCGUAUGGACUGUGGAUGAAGUUUGGGCCUUCAUACAUUCUUUGCCUGGUUGUCAAGAUAUUGCAGAUGAAUUUAGAGCACAAGAAAUUGACGGACAAGCUCUCCUCUUGUUGAAGGAGGAUCACCUUAUGAGUGCAAUGAAUAUUAAGCUUGGACCUGCAUUGAAAAUCUGUGCGCGUAUCAAUUCAUUGAAAGAAUCCUAGGGGGUGAACAUGAAGGUUUAAACAACAGUUUCUCAGUGACAGAACCGACAGUAACAUGCCAAUAUCUUCACUGUGGCAUGAGUAUUACUGUGAUGUUUUGUUAAAUACAUGGGGGUUUCCCCACAUAAAGACUUAAAAAUGUUCCUUUGAUUAUACCAGGUAGUCCUCUGUAGUUUCCAACAAUUAAUAGGUUCGUGGUAAAGCCUGAGUAAUACUUUGAGUUGAAGUGGGAGUUCAUGGAAAAACAUGACGUGAAAUACGCUGCGAUAGCUUAAAUAUUCCCAAAUAUGUACUUUAUCUUGUAAGUUUAAGAUUAACGCCCCAGCACCCACCCCAAUCUAAACACCAUUUAAAUUGUGUUGCUGUAUUCUGAAAGAUUUUUCCCCACAUACAGCCAUUUUUGGACUGAAAUAAUAGAAGUGUCCACAGACUCUGUGGAAGCACUAAUAACAGUAAAAUGCUAUGCAUUUAGUUGUGCUCUCUGAGUUUCUUUUAGUCUUGAGCAAAUUGUUUGUAAGGGGUAGGUUGGCAGCCUGUUUUCCUUGUGUAGGCUUACCCUCAUCUCUGCCACUGUAGUAUUUUCUUGAAGUCUGGAAAUACUAUAAACCAUGUAGACGUCUCAUCGAAAUCCUCAUCAUCAGGCUACUGAAAUGCAAUGGCACGACACUCUUGCCGGAGGUAACUGAAGCACAUGUUACUUUACUCUUUGUAUGCUGCUAUGCACUGAGAGGGCAUUAAGUUGUUAGGUUUGUAAUUUCGCAUGCUGCUAGUUAAACUAGACCAGCAGUUCUCAAAUGGGGGUUCAGAGUGGAUCCUGGGAAGGUGUGAGAGCACUCAGGGUUCAGGUUCCCAAACGCCUAGGUGUGAGGGGCUGAAAACUGCAGCCAGAACUAGCUCAUGUUGAGACAAGUGUACUUUAAAGACUGCAGGUAGAGAAGGGAUAGCAUAGCUCAGAUGCUCUGUUUCUUGAUACCUCUUCUAACUUGUCUUUCCCUGUAGUGCAUUCCCAUUGCCUCACUGGAAGCUUCCAAGCACCUUUUAUUUGGCCACUGGCUAGCGUGAGCUGGGCUUGCAGUAGUCUGAGGAAGGAGCGUGGUGAGUUGCUCAAUGAGGUCCUUUCAGAGCUCGGUGUAGGAGCAGCCGCUGCUGCAGGGAGGGAGCCUGGAGCCACAGGCAGGCAGGAGGAGUGUGGGGAGAAAUCUCUGGGGUCCUGCUUUGUCUCCUCUGGCAGGAGAUUUUGACCUGGAUGCUGCAGCCCCAGGUGGUGUGGUUUUAGUGGCUCCCUUCAUCUUCCCUCUCUCGCACUCUGCGCGGAACAAAUAUCUCUUUCCCCAGUUACUGACGCUCUCGGAAGCUGCUCAGGCUCUGAGGCUGCAGCACCUUCUUGGCAUUUGCUUCCCCAUCGCCUGCGUACGGAUGUUCAUGGAUGUAUUUCGUACCUUCUGUUCCCUCCCUUUUGCAGCUCCACUCCCCUUAAUGUACAGACCUUGAUCCCUAAGCUCUUGUGUAGGGGAAGAAGGGUAUGUGUGCUGAUACAGUCGUUGUGUAUAUUUGAAUUAAAUAUGUGUAUGUGUCUGCAAAUACUGUAUUUUGUAUUUUAUGCAAAUUAAUGCAUAAUAUAUGGUUGUGUAGGGAGAUAUUCAGGGGGACCCUAAAGUAUUCCUGAAAAGAAGAGGAACUGAUCUAAAGUUUGAGAACUGCUGACCUAGAUCAAAAGGAGUCAAUGCACAUACACUGGCUGAAAAGAAGGUUUAUGACAGGUAGAUUAAUAUGUAUAUUAUUUAACUGAUGACCUUAAAGAGUAAAUUGGAAUUACAGAAAAAUCUGUGCUUCAUUUUCCUUUUAUUAGACUAUUGCUUUGUUUCUACUAACAGACUUUCUGCCAUUAUCUUCCAGAGAUCAACAGUAGAAUCACUGUUUUUAAUUACAACUGUUUGAGCUUACUAAUAGCAGAUGUUACUAAUAUUUUUAUUAACCACUGAAGCUCCAAGUUAGGACAACCUAUUGCUGUUACGUGCUAGUAUGUGGUGAGACCCCUUAUCCAAAUGGCACCAAAGGCUUUAGAGAAUUCAUUGAUGUCUGGGUUUAUUUUGGAGGGAAGUUGCUAAGCACUUUCUAAUUUGUUUUUUUCUGUCUUCGGUUACUGUUGUCAAAUAAACUUCUUAGUUGAAGGUUCGAUGUUUGGCAAUGUUCAUUUGAAAGGUAUUCAAAUGACGGAGACAGUAGGUUCCCAUUUGUAGCAUUUCUGUAAGAUACACUGUGUAGCAUAUCUGUAACAUAAGUUCUAAAGGAUGCGUUCUCUUUUGAUGAGCUAAUUGAAGACUAAAGAUAUCUUAGAUAUUUAUCCUUUGGCUUUUGUCUUAAAGUUUUAUUAUUUUUAUACGAAAGUUUCACUGGCUAAUUUUUAAUCUUUCUUCUGAUUGUACUGUUCUUUGGCAAUGUAAAAAGUAGGUAUACGUAAAUGUGAUUUGGUAAUGGCUUAAGGCAUAUUGGAAAAUGUGGAUUUAUGAGUCUUAUUUAGACCUGCAGUUAAUCGCAGUGGUGUUACAUGCAUGAGAAUUUCACAGUUGUUUUAAUUUUGCUUUAUUAGACAGCUUUCAGGAGAACUUCUACCGCUAGUGUUUAUAUACGACUCUCGGACAUAAUCACUGACUGAUGCCAGGAGCUCAGAGUAGACCUGGUUAAUGCACGCCUGUUCAGGUUCUUCUGGUACACUACAUUUUCUGUGGUUUUGGGAGAGUCACAGAUAGUGAGUUAUGCUUUAAAUAUUCAUGAAUGCAGCAACUAAGAAUGUGGGCCUUAUGCACAUUGGAAGUUUUUUCGCCUUCACUGAUUUUGGCAUUAAGCAGGAGCUUAGGAGCAGGCACAGCUAUACUAACCUACGCUGAUAGAAGUGCACAUCCAUUGGAGUGUUUGCCAGUAUCGCUGUGUCAACAAAAUCAAUUAAAAAAAAAUCACACUUGUACAUAAAAGUACACUGGAAAACUUUCAAGUGCAACUAAAGUCUACUUCAGAAGUUUUUGAAUUUACUCUGAAAAGCAAUAUAAUACUUCGAGUAAUAUUCCUCCAGAACCAUUCUGCAUACCAAUCGCUUGUUUCUGUUUAGAUCAGUGAGAUUUUCCCAGGCUUAUACUACCAUUUUCUGUGGCUUUCCCCACAAGUUCAGAUAGCCCCUCUUGCGAAAGAGGAAGUAUUGCAGAUUUUAGUUGACUCUUUUUUUUUUUUUUUUUUUAACACUUGCUCCCACUGAAUGUGUCUACAAGAAACCCUUUUUGUUAUCUCUGUUUCCUGGGGUUUUGUAUUCUGUAUUCAGACCGCUGCUGUUGUGAGCUACAUCUCACAGUAAUCCCCACAAUUUUUCAGUUCCUAUCAAAAGGAAUAUAGGGCACCGUAGGAUCUUGGCUCAAAAGGGAGAUAUGUUGGAUGGCUUUUUCCCUUCCUUUUUCUCUGCUGGUCUCCGUCCUACCCUAUUCCUUAAUGCAAACUGCAGCAUUAGCUCAGGGCAAAACCCUCUUGCAGAGUACUGGGCUGACUGUGGCUGUCAAGAUUUCUUCCAACAGAAUUGUAACUGUUACACUUGUCUUGGCUUCAGAGUUUAUUUGGGGUCUUAAAGAAACGCACCUGAAUGGACAAAAUGGGUAUGCAGAUUCCUCUGCUCAGUCUGGCCCAUAUCACUCAACAGCCCUGCUUUGCAGCUGAAAUGGAGAACUCCAGCAAGGAAGCUCGGCCACCUCCGCUGACCGAAGGGCUCUGGGAGCUCUAGGCUGCUCCUUGUUCAAGAACAAGGAUUGCAAAUGAAUUCCUAACUUCUCCCAGCCAACCCAUAUUGCCUGACAUCUGGCACGUUCAUAAGGCUCUAUCACUUUGCCUAUAUAGAGAAUGAAAAACAUCUCGUCAGGUUAAUCUGUCAGUUGCCUGACCAGAGAACGUUUGAAGGGUUUUUAAACAGACUGCAUUGUAAAUCCCUUCUUUAACCAUUAAUCCAUCAUAUUUUUUUCCAGAAAUGAAGUUCUUGAUGGAGGGUAAAACCUUUGCUAGAUUUGUGUCAAUGAGUUAUCUCAAAUAGAAAGUUCAUGUCCUGCAAGCAUCCAUUUCCUCAUUCUUUCCUAUGAAAGCAGGGUUUUUUUUUUUCCCUAACUUCUUUUUGAACAAAUCACAAGUGGGAAUCCAGCCUUUUGAGUAGAACAGAUGGAGCCCAUCAUAACUGCAGAUGUGGCAGCAAGAGGAGAAAAAUGGGAUAAAAAUAAGUAUUUGAGCAGGCUUACGAUAGCUUUUGCAUCGCUUUAUCUCAAUCUUAGCUGUAAGGAAAUGUUCAGGUAUAAAACCAGUUCUUAACUGUAGCUUGAAUGCACGUUGAUGUGGUGAGACUUUGCUGGGCGCCGCGUGUCACUGCCUGGCAUGCCGGUUGAAACGAAUGCCGACUUCAGAUGACUGCUCUCCUUGUAGUAUCACAAUAUCAAUGCAGAGCCGUACAGCUCUACAGCUUCAGACAUUUCUUAGACAUUGACAAACGUGUACUCUGAAGUGAUCAAAGAAUUCAAUGACAGCUGCACCGUGAGUCCUGGUUUUGCAAAUAAUGAAGACAUCCACGUAAUUUAUAUCAUGAGUAGUUCCAGUUUGUAUUGAGACUAUUGACACUAAAAUUAAGCAUGUGUAUGAAAGUUUGCAGGGUUAUUUUCUCACCAGUACUGCACAGAGAUUUCCUGUUAGCAUAUAUUUAGAUACGUAGUUGUCAUGCACUAGCCAAACUUUAUGCAUCAGUUGUUCUAGGCUGCAGAUAAUGGCUCUGCAAAAGAAUCAAUCUAGCAUACUUUUUUUACAUGUUCACCCAAAUUAGUUUACUAGAAAUGGAGAGAAACUAAUGUUUUAAAGUAUUUUGCUUUAAAUGUACUGUUUCUGUUGAAUGCUGAGCAGAACAGGUAUGAACAGAGCUAUAAAUGCAUAAUUUGAAAAGUGUUAAUAAUUGCUCAUAGUGAAUUAAUUUUUAAGUCACUCUUGCACAGUGAGCUGUAGUUUCAGGCAGGAAAUAUUGUGAGGAGAAAGAAAUUUAAACUCAUUUAAUGCUUAGUUCAUUUAAGCUAAGCCUAAAGUAAGUUAGUUUUGCAGGAAUUUGCCUUUAGUUGUGAGAACUUACUUGGACCCGAUCGGUUCUAUGUAGUUAUAUCCACUGGAUGGCCUGGCAAAUAGCGACAUUUAAAAAAAGAGAUGGUAAUUAUGAUACAAAUAAGUGCCUGCUGUGUAGAUGCUACAUCUGCUUUCUUUUUCAAAAAGCUGUCCCUAAUGCCAGCCUGUGCCCCGCAGGGACGUAGAUUGCGAAGAAGAGCAGUUAGCACACAUUACCCUAAAUCCAUAUGAAUCAGGCUGGUUUGGUUUUACCAUCCGUGUAACUUCAGAGGAGCUCUGUCUGUGCCGUUUCCUUCUCUAUCUCAAUUUCUAAAUGUGCUUUCUGCCCUGGCGGGUGUCAGCUGUGUUGGCCAGAGGAUUUUGUGUCCUGCUUGUCCCCUGGGUCUCGCCAUCAGCACUUCCACGUGUAUUCAAGGCCCCGUCCUAAGCUGCCGUGUAGGUGUUUGUAACUUCUACGUUAAAUCUUACACGCACCUGCUCAUUCACUUGAAGGUUGUGCGUAUUAUUUACUGAUCUCUUAGAGCAAAGUGGAAGGAGAAAGCAAAAUUCAAAGAUGUGAAUAUGCUUGUAAUUGAAGGUAUGUGGUAAGCUCAUAGUCCAGCUUUUGUAACCGUUGUUCUAACUUUUCUGAAGCACAGUUCUGGGAAGUCAGUGUUACGAACAGAUUUCAAGUUAAAAAAUUUUAAACUUAGC